AUACAUAACCUAAGUCCAUUAUUUAGGUACGCUUUAACAUACUAUUUCAAUAUAUGUUCUCAUAUAAAUUUCCUGUCUGACUUAAGCAUUGAAAGGGGACGAGAGCACAUCUCGUUGCCUUUGUUUCAGGUACUGGAAGACUUUGUUCGUGCUCUUUCUCAGUCCUCAAGUUCGGGAGGCUUAUCAGGUGUGAAUUUUUUGAAGAUUUGGUACUUUCGGUGGCACAAACGAAAGAAAAUGUUCACCGGAAACAGGCUCUCCGUCGUAGUACCCGCUCAGUCCUCGCCGAACGAUACAGUCAUUGACGGAAUUGAGUUGCAAUCAAAGACUUCACAAGAUGCACAGCCCUCCACCGUGGGUCGGUCCAAGACUAGCAUCCACGUAACUGCCCUGGAUGGCAUAGUCAAUGUGAACUCGCUCUUCACCAUGGCAAUCUUCAUCGGUUUCUCCCUCACGGUCCCUGCAAAUGGCAGCGCUGGACAUCCAGCAUCAUGCAAUGCCAGUAUCGAUACAGUCAGAAGACUUAUCGUCUUCGAAGUCAUUUCCUUCAGUUUCUUUCUCUUUUCCUCCCUCAUAGCCCAAAGUCUCAAGCUCACAAUUAACUUGUUGAACAGUUUAGAUGCAAGCGACCCUCAUAAAGCUGAUAUCGACUCUUCUGUUCUGAAAUACGGGUUGUUUGGCUCCGCCAUUGGAUCCGUCAUGGGAUGCUUGUUUUUGACACUUUCCAUCGUGGAUUUUAUUCAAGUGAAACUUGGAGUACUUUCUUGUGGGGGUGAACCCGUGUACGGGGUCGUGACACUGGUUGUAUUCGUGGGUUCUUCUCUACUGGUUUAUAUUUUCACUUCCGUAUAUGCUUCAUUCUUUAUGUGAUCAAAAAAUGACAGAAAUAGUGGGAUAUCAUCUGACCUUAAACUCUAUGUCUAGUAGAUAACUCUUGUGCUCACAACUUGUAAUCUUAGAUAUAUGUUGGUUAAUUUGAAGGAAAUUUAG